CUCGAAAAGGUGGUACGAGGCUUCAAGUCGGUGCCCGACCAGAAGCUACGAUACCAGCAGCUCCUGUUUCUCGCUCAAAAGCUUGCCCCGAUGGACGCGUCGCUCGCAGUGGACGCAAACAAGGUGCCAGGCUGCCUCUCGACCGUCUACGUGCAUGGCUCCCUGGGCGAUGACGAUACCAUCAACUUCGUGGGCGAGUCAGACUCGCAGCUGACCAAAGGCAUCGCGGCCCUGCUGAUCAACGGCCUCUCCGGCUGCACGAAUGAGGAGAUCCAGGCGGUCGACCCAAGCUUCAUCCAGGCAGCGGGCAUCGCCCAGUCGCUGACGCCCGGCCGCAACAACGGGUUCCUCAACAUGCUCAAGAUGAUGAAGGGGCAGGCGGCCAAGCUCGCG